AUGGCUGGCGCCUCGUUCGCAGCCGGCAUCCUCCCACUCUCCUUCGCCCUCACACCGCGACAGUUGCGCCUCAUCACAUCCUUGGGCACGGGAGUCUUGGUUGGGACCGCGCUCAUAGUCAUCAUCCCAGAAGGAGUAGAAACGCUCUAUGCAGCGAGCGGAACACAUAGUCGGGAUACUCGGAGUCUACACGUGGGGAACAGAGCCCAGAUUCCAGGAGGCGAUGUAGGAGUGGCGGCAUGGGAGCGAGACUCUCCCGCCGCAGCAGCUCUAGACUUGAGUGAACAUCCAGGCUUCCGCAGUGGGCCCGACGAUGGCUUUCAAACAGCAGCCGAAGCAGAAGGCUCGACUCCUCCCGCAACGGACCCGGGCCACGAACCAGGAGUGAUAGUCACUCCAUCUGGCCCAGGCCACACCAGCGAUACAAUAGACAGAGAACCUCAUGCCUGGAUAGGGAUCUCUGUGAUUCUCGGCUUCAUUCUCAUGUACCUCAUUGACACUCUGCCACAACAUUUGAACAAGUCCUCGCGACCUCAGAGACCACAGAUCAACCUCAACUCUUUCAGCUUCACCAAUGGCCUUCCGCCAGGCGAUGCCCCAGCCAUUGCAGACGAAGCACCGCAUACCCACACCUUCCGACCUAGCUCGACGACAAUCGGUCUGGUGAUUCACGCCGCAGCGGACGGCGUCGCGCUCGGCGCGUCGUCCACAUCGAGCAGCAACCUGAGCUUCAUCAUUUUCGUAGCGUUGAUGAUUCACAAAGCCCCCGCAGCAUUUGGUCUCACUUCCGUUCUGCUCAAACAGGGUCUUUCCAAGAGAAUGGCACGAACGCAUUUGAUCAUCUUCUCCGCGGCUGCGCCUGCGGGAGCACUUUUCACUUUCCUGGCCAUUCAUGUGCUUGGUUAUGGUGGGGAUAGUGUGGAAAGUGCGAGCGCGGAGUUCUUUACAGGGACGUUAUUACUCUUCAGUGGAGGCACGUUUCUGUAUGUGGCUAUGCAUACGCUGUCGGGAAGUAGUGAGCAUGAAUAUGAUGAUGGGAGGCCAUCCGGGGGCAUGAAUGGUUAUGCCGGGAUCCCAGUGGAGGAAGGCUAUGGUGGCUCGACACCUGCUGCCAAACGUGUUCCAGAAAAGGGCGUCACGGAGACGAUGGUGACGGUCGGGGGGAUGUUGCUCCCUUUGCUCACGCAAUUUGGGCACGCGCACUGA